AUGCUUUCAAAACUAGUUGUUGUGGUGGUGUGGUUUCAUCUUGUGGUUAUUGCCAACUCUUUGCACUCUUUGCAGCAGCAGCAGCCAUCAUGCCAUGAUGACGAAAGCUCUGCUUUGCUGCAAUUCAUGCAAAGCUUUAUGUAUGCAUCUGCUUCAUUUUACAAUGGCAACUGCUGUUCAUGGGACGGCGUGGAUUGUGAUGAGGAGACAGGCCAUGUGAUCGGACUUGAUCUUAGUAGCAGUGGUCUUUACGGAUCCAUCAACUCCAACAGCAGCCUCUUCCGUCUUGUUCAUCUUCAGAGACUGAACCUUGCUAAUAAUGACUUCAAUUACUCUCAAAUUCCUAGUAGCAUUAGGAAUUUUCCAAGGCUCACUUAUCUCAACCUCUCUGCCUCCUCCUUUUCUGGUCGAGUUCCAUCGGAAGUUUCACACUUGUCCAAGUUGUUAUCCCUCGAUCUAUCUCUCAAUCUUGAUAGAUUUUCUGGUGAAAAAUUGUUGAAACUCCAUCCAUCCAAUAUGAGAAGCCUAGUUCAGAACUUAACUAGUCUAGAAAAGCUUGAUCUCAGUUACAUUAAUAUUGUGAGAAUGUGA